AUAUUGCUGUCAAAGAUUUACAUACUCCAAUAGGAACUGUUUCGAGUGCUCUGAUCAGAACAAAAGAUAUUCUAAGUCUUGAAAUAGAUAUUGAUAUUGAAAAUGUCUGAUUUGGAAUUGUUUGUAUCUAUUGGCCUUUCCGAAGCUAAAGCUAAAGAAACUAUAAAAAAUAAAAAUUUAACUUCCAAUUUAAAAAAAGUCAUUAAUGAAUUUCCAAAAACAGAUCAACCUUUAAUUAAUUAUGGCACUUUAUUGUAUCACCUAGCUUCCAAGUUAAAAAAUCAAGACUUUAAGUAUGUAAGUCUCAUCGACUUAUACAUAUUUGAAAACAAGUUGGAUACAACCCAAAGAAUUGAUUGUAGUUUGGAAUACUUACGCUCAGUAAUAUCUGAAAAUAUAGAUGUWUCUGAAUUAAAUAAAGCUUGUGGGGUUGGCRUUGUUGUUUCUAUAGACGAAAUAAAGCAAACAGUUAAAGACAUUAUAUCUCAAAACAUAAAUGAAUUAAUUGAGAAAAGAUAUAAGUUUAACACUGGUGGUCUAAUGCAAGAAGUUAGAAAACAACUGKUKUGGGCUGAUGGAAAAGCAAUAAAAAAUGAAGUUGACAGUCAAAUUUUGAAUAUUUUAGGCGCUAAAACUGAAGCUGAUUUAGCACCUGUUCAAAAGCAAAAGAAAGUCAAAGAAAUCAAACCUAUAGAAGAAAAAAAGACUCUUGUGUAUGAACCAUUGUCCAUUGAAGAGUUGAUGAGUAAAGUGGACUUUCAUAAGCCUGGAGAAAAUUUUAAAACUGACGGUUAUGUUAUUACAACGAAUACAGAAAAGUUAUUAUCAAAACAUUUAAAAGAAACUAGUGGCAAAGUUAUUACCAGAUUCCCUCCAGAACCUAAUGGAAUUUUACAUAUUGGUCAUGCCAAGGCCAUUAAUAUAAAUUUUGGAUUUGCCAAAGUUUCUAAUGGAGAAUGUAUUCUCAGGUAUGAUGAUACGAAUCCAGAAAAGGAAGAAGAAAAAUAUUUUACAGGUAUCAAAGAAAUGGUAGAAUGGUUAGGCUAUAAACCUCACAGAAUCACCCAUUCUUCAGAUUAUUUUGAUCAGCUCUACGAUUUGGCUAUUGCUUUAACAAAAAAAGGAUUGGCUUAUGUCUGCCAUCAAAAACAACAAGACAUGCAAGGAUUUAAUCCACCGCCAUCCCCAUGGCGUAAUCGUCCAGUUGAGGAAAAUCUGUCUUUAUUUAAUGAUAUGAAAAAUGGAAUUUUUGAUGAAGGAGAAGCUACAUUGAGAAUGAAAGUAACUCUUGAAGAAGGAAAACAAGAUCCAGUUGCUUAUCGUAUCAAAUUUUUGCCACACCAUCGUACUAAAGAUAAAUGGUGUAUAUAUCCAACGUAUGAUUAUACCCAUUGUCUUUGCGAUUCUAUUGAAAAUAUUACACAUUCUCUUUGCACUAAAGAAUUUCAAAAUCGAAGAUCUACUUAUUAUUGGUUAUGCAACUCGCUCGAUCUUUAUUGCCCUGUACAAUGGGAAUAUGGUAGACUUAAUAUGAACUAUACAGUUGUAUCUAAAAGAAAAAUUGGUAAAUUAAUUGAAAAUAAAAUUGUUAAUGAUUGGGACGACCCUAGGUUGUUUACAUUAUCUGCAUUGCGGCGUAGAGGCUUUCCUGCAAAAUCAAUUAACUCAUUUUGUGCACGUAUGGGUGUAACUGGAGCUCAAGCUAUUGUUGAUCCAAAAAUGCUUGAAUCUGAAGUUCAAGAUUACCUAAAUCUUACAGCAUUUAGAACUAUGGUUGCCCUUGAGCCUUUGAAAAUAAUUAUUACCAACUUUGAAAAAUUAAAUAAGCCAUUUUCAUUAAGUGUUCCUGAUUUUCCAAGUGAUCCAGACAAAGGUUGGCACGAUGUCAAAUUCUCAUCAGUGCUUUACAUUGAUUCCAUUGAUUUUAGUCAAAAUCCGGAUAAAGAUUAUCGCCGCUUAACCAUUGACCAAACUGUUGGUUUAAGAUAUGCAGGAAUUGUGAUAAAAGUGAUAAAAGUAAUAACUUCUGGGACAAAAAUAGAAGAAAUUCAUGUUGAAGCAACAGAUGUUAAAACUGCACCAAAACCAAAAGCAUUUAUACAUUGGGUUUCAAAUCCUAUUGAGAUUGAAGUCAGAUUGUAUGAUCGAUUAUUUAUGAGUAAAAAUCCAGAAGACACUAACCAAGUGCCAAACGGCUAUCUUAGUGAUGUUAAUUCAGAUUCAUUGAAAAUAGUCAAUGCUUAUGCUGAUGAACACAUAUUAAAAUCACCAGUGUUAAAGAAUUAUCAAUUUGAAAGAUUAGGGUAUUUUUGUGUGGAUUUUGAUUCUAAUGACACUAAAUUAGUGUUUAAUAGAACAAUUUCAUUAAAAGACGGGUCAUCAAAAUGAAAAUUUUAUUGUAAAAAUUGCAUAUUCAUAUUUUAUAUUUGAUAAUUU